CAGCGCUGCAUGUCGGAGACUUUUAAAACUGCAACACAAGGGAGGAUGCCCACCCGCCCUGCGUCUGCGUCCGAAGGCUUCAGCUCGACCCCGAUCAAGACGGACGUGGGGAAGGAUUCCGCUGCAGCCAAGGACUUUCAAGGCGACGUCCUAUCUGAUGACGAAGACACGUUUUCCCUGCUCUCCCCCAUCUACCACGACAGCUUUGAUACAGACGAGGAAGACCCGGAGUCCAUCCCUGCUCGAGGAGCUUCACCCGGACUCAGAUGUGAGCUACCAAAGACGCCCUCGGAGCAGAUGCUAUGUGCAGUUUUGCAGCCUCCAGCCUCACCGACACUAGGUGCAUGGGAAAUGUGGCUGGUAAACAAAGCCAAAGAGGACAGACUGAAACUGGAACAGAAAGCAGAGGAGGAGCGGUUAUUCAAAGAAAAACAAGAGCAGCAAGAAAGAGAGCGAAAAGAGAAAAGUAUUGUCGUGGAGGAGAAGAUUCAUGAAUGGCUGAGGAUGAAAAGAGAAAAGGAGAGGAAUGAACAACUUCUGAAGAAGAAUAAAGAGCUGGAGGAAAUCCAGAGGCAGCAGGAGAAACAAAGGGAGAUUGAACAAAAAGCUCAGCAGAAGUAUAAAGACUGGCUGCAGAAAAAGAACCAAGAAAAGAAUGAAAAAGAAAAGAAAGAAAAAGAGGAUGCUGCCCUCAAGGAGGAGCAGGAGAAGGAGCGCCGCAGGAAAGCAGAAGAGAAGUUUAAAGAAUGGCUGGCAAAGGCGAACGAAAAAGACAGAGCGAGUCCUCAGUCACCUGCUCACCCAAGAAGUCCCUACGAUAAAUCCUACCCAUCUCCCAGCUUCUACAAUCCGAUUCCGUGGAAGCCGAUUCACGUCCCUCCUCCAGAGACGCGCGUGAUCAAGACAUCUGAAAAGAAACCUCAAAAGCAGAGGAGAAGCCAGCAGAGCUCCGGCAGCACUGUCAGACUGAGAAACAGUGUGAGCGCUGCACACAUGCUGCAGAGGAGAUGACUAUAGCCUAGUGACAGCUCUGUGUGAUUCCACCACCACUCAUGUACAACAGACUGAGGCUCUGCUGAGUCACUGAAGCAUUCCUGUCUUCCGAUGCAGCCACAACGACCAAAACAUGCUCCCGUCGUCUGAUUUGUUGCAUUUUGUAAUGUCUGCAUUUCAUGAUGUGUUUGAUUGCUGGUAGGAUUUUCCUUGGAUUAUGAUUUAUUCCGAUGAUUCAUUUAGGUUUUUAAAAUGUUAACAUUCAUAUAUAUAUUUAUUUUGUACAUUUUUCUUAAUAAAUUUUUUGAGAUUA